AUGCAUAUCUCUACUAUCUCAACCCUGGGCCUCCUCCUGAGCCUCCCCUUGGCUGCCGUUGCACAAUCGCGAUGCCAAUCGGACACGAUCACCACCGAUAAAGACAAAGAAUAUAGCGUAGCGGUCAACUUCGACAGCGCCUCGAAAAAGUACACCGCAACAGUGCCGCCUGGCGACAUGUCUCUUACCAUUCCUGCCUUAAGCAUCACCAACAACGGCGGAUACAAGCGACUUUUCUGUCUUGCCAGUGAGCCGGACAGACCACGAUCUGUCAGUUGCUUUGCACUUGAGCCAAAGUCGACUUGUGCCUUGCCGGAUUAUUACGGUGUACCCUUCAGACUCGACACCUACCGUCGUUGA